GUUCAUCACACUUAUCUUUGUUUAGGAUUGGCGGUGGGCGGUGUCGGCGGUGUCGAUGGGAGGUGGCUGCGGACAGCCGGCAGUUCGGGUUGUGAUUGGCUGGCAAGGCUUGAAAGAGGGCGGGGUGUUGUAAUGUUGCGACUGUGAGGGUGGUGCUGAAGCGGCGCGGUGCGUGUUCCCCGCCGCCUUCUGCUAAGCCUCACCGGCGGCAGCAGGCAGGGGCUGUGGCGGUGAUGAAGGGGGCGGUGGGCUGCCCGGUGGCUGCUAUCAUGGAGGAGAGCUUCAGCUGCACUGUCGCCAGCCGCUUCUACCAGCUGCUGGACAACGAGUCGGACCCCUUCGACAAUCUCCGCGAGGCCGAGCGCCGCCAAUAACAGUGCAAGAACCUCAACAAAGUGGUGGCCUGGCGGGGCAGCUCCGAUAGCAGAGGGGGUGCCACCAGGAGGGAGCCCCAGGAGCAGCGCAAGCAGCUCGGGACGUCCGCGCCGCGGCCCGCACCUGGUCAGAAGCAAGCACCUAAACAAGAAGAGUGUAGAGGGAAAGACAAUAGCAGAGCAGAAAAGCAAGAUAAAACUGAAUGGAGACCCUCAUUCAUGGAAUACUCAUCUUAUGAAACAGAAAGUCAAGCAGAACUCACAGCUAAAAGUCUUUUUAGACCAAUUGAAAAAUUAGACUAUGAAAGGCGAGGAGGUCUUGGAAGAGGAAGAGGUGGAAUGCGAGGUAGACGAAGAGGUGGUAGAAUAAACAAAAGAUUUGAUAGCUUCGAUCAAAGAGGAAAACAGGAAUUUGAAAGACAAAGUGACAAUGACAAAAUUGAGAUGGAAUUGUCUGCUCCUAUGGAAGCAACUGCAGAAACAGCUAAGUCUCCAGGGAUGUCUGAAGGAGAACCUCUAAACAAAGUUGCUGAAGGGAAGCCAAUGGAAGAGGUAGUUCAAGAAAUGAUGUUAGAUGAGUGGAAAAAUCUUCAGCAACAGAGCUGACCAAAGCCUGAAUUCAACAUCCGGAAACCAGAAUCCACUGUUCCUUCCAAAGCAGUGGUGAUUCACAAGUCAAAAUACAGCAAUGAUAUACAAAAGGGAGAGCUUGAAGAUGAUUCUCACUUUUUUAGAAGAGCAGUGAAUGACAUAACAUCUCAGCUCAAUAUCAAUUUUGGGAGUCUUCCUUGCCGCGGCUGUGGAUCAAGAGGAGCACGAGGUUGUGGCUGUGGCAGACAAGUUGAGGAGACAGGACCUCAGCCAGAAGUAACGGUGCAAAUUGUUGCUCCAAAUCCAGAUGAUCCUGAGGAUUUUCCUGCUUUAACUUGAAGGAACUAUCAUGAAUGGUGUUAUCAAUGUAGCUUUGUUUGUGGCUGUAAAGAAACCAGUUCUGUGCUGAUGUGGGGAAAAAAAUAAGUAUGCUGGAAAAGCUGUUCUGGUUGGUGGGGGGGGUUUAGUUGUGUGUAAAGUGUUUGAGCCUGUUAAUGGAAGUGAGUUCUGGAGAUAACAGGGGUCUGGAAUUUUGUUAUAGGGCCUAGUGUCUGCCUUCAUUAGUGAAAGCUGUAUGAAGGCUUGCAGUACUCAACUCCAAGGCUUUGAAUGAAGAUCAAGAGUACAGUGCUUAAAAAUGUAUAUGUAGACACUAUGUCAAGUUCUUACUGGCAGCUCCGUGAAACUUGUAUGACGUGGUUUGGAAUCAGGAGUCUGUUUCAUUUUGAGAUUUCAAAGCUACUUUGUUUCUUUGGUUGAAGUGUAUUUUACACAUUGACAAAUUGCAGUUCUUGAGAGUUUGGCAAAUAAAGCACAGUGCUUAUUGGUUUGGAUUUGAGGUAUUAUUUUCACAAGUUAGAGACUUAAGCCUCUGCUAUUUGGCAACAAAGAGCAGAUCUUACACACCUGAAAUCUCCCUAAACAUAAAUGAUUUUAAGACAGCAGCUUAGAUGCUUCUAAUAGGUGACUUUAACAAGUGUUUGUUCAGUGAGAAACUGCUAUUUGCAACUACUUUCAAGAUGUUGAUGGUGAAAUAAAAUAAUUUUGAACUAAAA